GAUUUUCGAAACGAUGCCUCUGAGUGCGACAAUGGUGGGAGCUUUGCUGGGUCUCGGCACCCAGAUGUACUCCAACGCUCUCCGCAAGCUCCCUUACAUGCGCCAUCCGUGGGAGCAUGUGGUGGGAAUGGGACUGGGUGCUGUGUUCGCGAACCAGCUUGUGAAAUGGGAUGUGAAGCUUAAGGAAGAUCUCGAGGUCAUGCUCGAUAAGGCUAGAGCUGCUAACGAGCGCCGUUACUUCGAUGAAGAUCGGGAUUAGUAACUGAGUGAUCUUUGGAGUCUUCAGAAAAGAAAUAUAUUUCUCUGAAGUCAUCUCAGUGCUUGUUUUCUUUGAUCCUCCCUGUGAAAGCUUUUUUCUUCUUCUUAGAGCUGGUUCUUUUGCUUUGGCACUGGAGCUCUUUCAAUUCAGUGUUUCUGGUUAAUAAACCUAAAGAUUUGUAUUCUUCAGUCUGAAUCUGUUUGUAUCUGGCUAAUAAUUUUGAAUGAGAAACUUUUCCAUGAUUA